GGGGGGGUGCGUAGAUGGGGGCUACGACGAGGAGGCCAGGAGGGGUGGGGAUGUGUUUCUAUCGAGUCCGGAUCCCGGGCGCCUCGACGCCAAGUCAGACAAAAUAUAUAAAGUCGAGCCUCGCUAUACAAGCCGAGUCGGGGAAUUGACCUGCGUCUUCAACAGAUCGAUAUUCGAUAUCGCUAGACACUAACCGACAACAACAUCAGUAAAGUUAAUCAAGUCAAGAUGCCUCCACCGGGGUCAAUCAGCAACUUGGACUGGGAACCCAGUUUCGAUACCAUUGCCGUCCAUGGCGGGCAGGAGCCAGACCCGAUCAACGGCUCUCGAGCCGUGCCCCUUUUUCAAACCGCAGCAUAUAACUUUUCAGACGCGGCCGAUGGGGCAAGCAAAUUUGCCUGGUCCCGGGAGGGCUAUGUCUAUACGCGCAUGGGAAAUCCCACGGUCAGCGUGUUCGAGAACAGAAUGGCUAUGUUAGAAGGCGGCGUCGGGGCCGUUGCCACUGCAUCCGGCCACUCGGCCCAGUUUAUGGCAUUGACCCAAUGCUGCGAACCGGGCCACAAUUUCAUAAGCACUAGUUGGUUAUACGGUGGCAGCUUUAACCAAUUCCGGGUAUAUUUGAACAAGUUCAAGAUUAGUGUCAAGUGGGUAGUCGGAAACGACCCUCAGAAGUUUGACGAAGCAGUCGACGAGAAUACGCGGGCCAUUUACCUCGAGACGAUCAGCAACCCCAAGCACAGCGUCCCGGACAUCGCGGCGAUUGCAGCCGUAGCUCACAAGCACGGCAUCCCUCUGAUCGUCGACAAUACAUUUGGCAUGGGCGGCUAUCUGUGCCAGCCCAUCAAACUUGGAGCCGAUAUUGUUACACACUCGGCGACAAAAUGGAUCGGCGGCCACGGGACGAGCAUGGGCGGCAUCGUGAUAGAUGGCGGGCACUUCGACUGGAGCGCGUCAGGGAAAUUCCCCGGCUUUACGGAACCGGCAGAUGGCUACCACGGGAUGCGGUUCUGGGAAACGUACGGAAACAAGGCGUUGGCGGCCAAGUUGCGGAUGGACAGCAUGCGCGACCUCGGUCCUUGCAUGAGCCCCUUCAACGCGUGGCUGUUCCUCCAGGGCCUGGAGACCAUCUCGCUCCGGGGACAGAGGACAGUGGAAAACACACAAAAGCUCGCCGAGUGGCUCGAGGCGCAUCCAUACGUGAGCUGGGUUCUGUACCCCGGUUUGAAGUCUCAUCCAGACUACGAGCUAGCAAAGAAGAUCAUGCCCAACGGAGCCGGCGGCGUCUUGACAUUCGGGGUGGCCGGGAAAGUCGAGCAAGUCCGCGCCGUCGUCGACAACUUGAAGAUGGCCAGCCACCUGGCCAACGUGGGGGACUGCAAAACUCUCAUCAUCCACCCGUGGGUCACGACACACCAGCAGAUGCCCGACGAAGAGAAGAUAAAGGGCGGCGUGACACCCGACCUCCUACGCGUCAGCUUAGGUAUCGAGGACUUCAAAGACAUCCAGCGCGAUUUCGAGCAGGCCUUCAAUGCCGCGGGCCUCGAGAAGGCGAAUAAGGGCGCGAUCGACCCUUUCCAGACGGCGAUGAACCUCGUCAGCGGCGGGUUCAUGGGCAAGCUAGCCACAGGCAAGCCGCGGCCGGGCACGGACGGGACCAUCGAAUCCUAGCAGAUCGCGGGACCGGACGGUGGUCGAACGAGGAGGUAUCGGGUGCCGAAGCUGCCGACUCCGGGUUGGACGUGGCGGCGAAGGCAUCGGGAGGUGGGAUCAGGGCGGUGUGGCGACAGACGGGAGAGGUUGUGGGGGACACCUUUCAUACUGCCGAAAGGCCAAGACGGCAUUUGCAUAGGCGCAUCUACGGAUUACUACGACAACAACACCAACGAA